CACACCAUCACUCCUAUACACUCUCUCUCUCUCUACACCCCCACCAUUUCCAUUCCAUUCUCUCUCUAAAAUCACCAUUGUUAGGGUUUAAUCUUCUCUACACUAAUUUCAAAUUCUAGGGUUUCAAUCGUCUCGUCUAUGCUUCAAUUUUCCAAUUCUUAAUGCUCUGAAAGCUCAUGGCAGAGUCCAGAAAUGUGAAGGAGUUUUCGUUGGUUGAACGUGCGAUUCUAGGGUUUUUGUAGAUCGACGUUAACGAAGAAACAAAAGGGAAGUUUUUCUAUAUGAAGUGAGCUUCUGGACAUGAUAUGUUGAUGGGUUCUCAUGCCGAUUCUCAUUAAGAUGUGAUUAGUUAUUCAAAAUGAUAGUGGUGGAGGAAUGUGGUAGAACUAAUCUAAGAGCUCCUUCAUCUCUGAGUCGUGUAUAUUCCAUCCUUCAUGCUGCUAUAGGUGGAUAAUAAUGGAGGGUUCAUCUGAGUCUGGUUGGCAGAAGUCCGAUAGUUCUAGGGGAUUCAAUACUUCUGCAGUCUCAGAUAGAAACCCACAACUGUUUCGUAACAGAAGAAUCAGGUCCUCAGGAGAUGCAUCACAUGAUUCAGGCUUUAUAACAGGAAGAAAGGAGAGAGAUAGGGCUGUGUUGGCACGCAGAGAUCUCCACAGAAACCUUGUUAGCUGUUCUGGAGUUUGUGAGGAUGAAGUAGGUAUGGACCCAGUUGUUUGUGCCAUAGAAUGGAGUGAUGUUAGCUUGAGACAAUGGUUGGACAAUCCAGAACGAUCAGUUGAUGCUAUAGAAUGCUUGCACAUAUUUACACAAAUAGUAGAGAUCGUUAACCUAGCACAUUCACAAGGAAUUGUUGUUCAUAAUGUGCGGCCUUCCUGCUUUGUCAUGUCCUCUUUCAACCAUGUCUCCUUUAUUGAGUCUGCAUCUUGUUCGGAUUCAGGAUCAGAUUCCUUGGAGGAUGGGUCAAACAGGGAUUCAGGAUCAGAUUCCUUGGAGGAUGGGUCAAACAGCCAAACAGCGGAAUUUAAGGGGUCAACUUCACCUUUGCCCCAUGAUUCCCAUCAACAGAUAAGUCAAGUUGGAAGAGAAACUUCUCAACUUGAGAUAAAUCAAACAAAUGCUUCCCACUUGGUAUCUGAAACUAGUUGCUUGCAGUCAAGUUCUGCCUACCUAAUGCAUAAUUCUUUGGAAGUAGGCAGUAAUGUUGAACAAGCAGAAGAAAAGAAGCACCCCUUUCCCAUGAAACAGAUUUUGCUUAUGGAAACAAAUUGGUACACCUGUCCAGAAGAGCUUGCCGGUGCGCCAAGUUCCUGUGCAUCUGAUAUUUAUCAAUUAGGGGUCCUCCUUUUUGAGUUAUUCUGCACAUUUACCUCGGCAGAAGAAAAGAGCUCAACUAUGUCUAGUCUGAGACAUCGUGUACUUCCUCCUCAGUUGCUACUGAAGUGGCCAAAAGAAGCAACAUUUUGCUUAUGGUUACUGCAUCCUGACCCAAGUAGUAGGCCAAAAAUGAGGGAAACCUUGGCCUAUAACCUUGAGGUUAUGGGUUUAAGUCUCGGGGCAACUACUUUGUCUACUAUGCCAAAGGUUAGUGAGUUGUUACAAAGUAACUUUCUGAAUGAACCAAGAGAGAAUAUAGAAGAACGUGAAGCAGCAAUAGAGCUUCGGGAGGGAAUAGAGGAGCAGGAGUUGUUGCUGGAAUGCCUUUUGCUGAUACAACAAAGAAAACAGGAAGCUGCAGAUAAGUUGCAAGAUACAAUUUCCCUUGUAUCUUCUGAUAUAGAUGAAGUUUCAAAGCAGCAGUCAAUUCUUUGGGGAAAAGGGUGCUCUUGUCCAGAACUGGGCAAGGAUUCCGCUUCUGGUCCCCCUUCAAUGGAAUUUGUUGAAAAUGAAGAUUCUAGUUGCUCGGGGUCUAGAAAGAGGUACAGACAAGGGCUUCAGAGUCAUAAUGCAUCGGAAUAUGGUGGUCAUCUACAUGAAGGUCAGAAUUCAGAAGCUCCAGCUGAGAAUCAAGGAAGUAUUCUCUCAAAAAGUUCUCGAUUGAUGAAGAACUUUAAGAAACUGGAGUCAGCUUAUUUUUUGACAAGACAAAGGCCUGUAAAGCCAACAGGGAAAUCGUUAACUCGACAGUCUCCAGUAAGCAGUGAUGGUAGAGGGUCCAUUGUUGUUACUGAAAGAAGUUCUGUCAAUAAUUUGCCCUUGAAUGACCAGUUUAGUGAAGCUAGACAAAGUGGAUGGAUAAAUUCAUUCCUCGAGGGGUUGUGCAAGUAUCUGUCUUUCAGUAAAUUAAAAGUUAAAGCAGAUUUGAAGCAAGGGGAUCUUUUAAAUACCUCCAAUCUAGUAUGUUCUCUGAGUUUCGAUCGCGAUGGCGAAUUUUUUGCGACUGCUGGCGUGAAUAAGAAGAUCAAAAUAUUUGAAUAUGGCACAAUUUUGAAUGAAGAUCGUGAUAUCCAUUAUCCUGUAGUUGAAUUGGUCAGUAGGUCAAAGCUGAGCAGUAUAUGUUGGAAUAGUUAUAUCAAAAGCCAGAUUGCUUCUAGUAACUUUGAAGGUGUGGUGCAGGUAUGGGAUGUUACAAGAAGUCAAGUUUUUAUGGAAAUGAGAGAGCAUGAAAGGCGCGUGUGGUCUGUCGACUUCUCAUUAGCAGAUCCAACAAUGUUGGCCAGCGGGAGUGAUGACGGUUCUGUUAAGCUCUGGAAUAUCAAUCAGGGAGUAAGUGUUGGUACCAUCAAAACGAAGGCCAAUGUCUGCUGUGUUCAGUUUCCUGUUGAUUCUAGUCGUUACCUUGCAUUUGGUUCAGCGGAUCAUAGAAUUUAUUACUAUGAUCUCCGUAACACAAAAAUGCCACUGUGUACAAUGAUUGGACACAACAAAACUGUGAGCUACGUGAAGUUCAUAGAUUCAACAAAUCUUGUUUCUGCAUCGACAGACAACACACUGAAGCUUUGGGAUUUGUCGAUGGCCUCAUCCCGGGUUCUUGACAGUCCUCUUCACUCAUUCACCGGCCACACAAAUGUGAAGGACCUGAGUUCGAAGAGGAUUUUUGGCAGGGGAUAUGAGCGCGAUGAGCUAUACUACUUUGGGGAUCCACCGGACUAGCCUUAUUCGACUUUAGCCAGUUUUCAGGCAUCUGUUGUGCCUGCUUCUAUAUCUUGUGUUUUUUCUGUUCAAACUUUAGAGUUAUGGCAUGCCCGCAUGGGUCAUGUUGACUUUCAAUAUUUAUGUCUACUUUUUCUGUUAUUAAAUAAAGCUUGCAAGGAUUCUAAAUUUCAUUGUGUUAAUUACGAGUUGUCUAAACAUAUCCGUACUAGUUAUAUACCACAUAUGACACAUGUCCCUAGUGCUUUUGACCUUAUUCAUUCUGAUAUUUGGGGUCCCUCUCCUGUUCCUAUUUUUUUGGGUCAUCGUUGUUAUGCGACUUUUAUUGAUGAUUACACUAGGUGUACUUGGGUCUAUUUACUUCGUCGCAAGUCUGAUGUGUUUCCCAUCUUUGUUCAGUUUUUGCAAAUGGUAAGACACAAUUUCGUACCAUUGUUAGGAACAUCUGCUCUGAUAAUAGUGGGGAAUACAUCUCCAAUGAGUUUCGUUUUCACCUUAAUUGAACGGGUAUUUUUCAACAAUUUACUUGUACUCGGAACCCUGAACAAAAUGGUGUGGUUGAAUGUAAAAGCCGUCAUAUUAUGUCUGUCGUGCGUUGACUUUUUCGUGGUAUGAGUGUGCCCAAGUCUUAUUGGCACAUGGCUAUUCUUAUUGUUGUCUAUCUCAUUAAUAGGACUCCUAGUCGUGUGUUAAGGCCUUACUCCAUUCCAUAUUCUUAUGCCUAAGACUACCAUUUUUUCUCUUUUGCCUCGUGUUUUUGGGUGUACAUGUUUUGUUCAGGACCGGUGUUCCACUCGCAUUAAGUUAGAUGACAAGUCUAUUCGUUGUGUCUUUUUGGGUUAUCCUUCCAUGUCUAAAGGGUAUAGAUGUUUUGAUCCCGUGUCUUGUCACUUUCACCAUACUCUGGAUGUUAGUUUUUGUGAAGAUCUUUUUUUUUAGUCCUAACCUUCCGAUGUAGGUUUCCUCUUCAGAUACUCAAAGUGUUCGUCCGGUCCCUAUUUUAGAUGAGGUUGACCCUCCCUCUCAUCCUCCACUUUCGCCUCUUUCCUUGCACGUAUACUCUUGCUGCCUACGUGUUCAGCCCCUUCCUGCCACCUCUCUGGAUCUUGGGUCAGGUAAUUCUUCCCCUUUACAUACAUCUCCUUCUCUUCCUCGUUGUAAUCCUCCUUGGGAUCGACAUCCCCCCAAUCAUUGGGAUUAUCUGUGUAGUACUAAUCAUCCCAUUUCCCAAUAUCUCUCAUAUGACAGGGUUUUCGACUCAUAUCAUUCUUUCCUUGGCAAGCUUGAGUCCGAGUCUAUUCUUCGGUCUGUGUCAGAGGCCCUUCAGAAUCCAAAAUGGGUGGAGGCAAUACAAACUGAAAUGACAACUUUAGAACAGAAUCAUACUUGAGAUUUGAUUUUUUACCUUAUGGCGAGAGUACCGUAAGUUGCAAAUAGGUCUUUGCUAUUAAGUACCUACCUGAUGGCUCCGUUGACCGUUAUAAGGCCUGGUUAGUGACUAAGGGCUUUACUUAAGUUCCCGGCAAGGAUUUUGGUGCUACCUUUGCACCAGUUGCCAAGCUUACCUUUGUUCGUCUGCUCAUCUCUCUUGCAGCAUCCCAUUCUUGGCCCCUUUAUCAGCUUGAAGUCAAGAAUGUCUUUCUGCAUGGGGCUCUUCUUGAGACGAUUUAUAUGGCACCUCCUCCUGGUUUUCGAGUUGAGGGGGAGUAUUCGGGGCAAGUAUGUUGAUUGCACAAGUCUUUGUAUGGCUUGAAGCAGUCUCCACGAGCUUGGUUUGGUCGUUUUUGCUCAAUCAUCAUCUCCAUGAGCUUUGUUCUGUGCUAUUCAGACCAUACUUGCUUCAUCCGUCAUAAUUCUGCAGGCCAGUGUAUAGUCUUUUUGGUGUAUGUGGAAGAUAUCAUUCUUACCGGUGACGACUCUACAGGCAUUGAUCAAGUAAAACAGAAUUUGGGACACACCUUUGAUAUUAAGGAUUUGGGGAAUCACAAGUAUUUUCUGGGGAUUGAGGUGGCUCGCUCAUAGCAGGGGAUUUUCUUAUCUUGAAGGAAGUAUACUCUUGACUUACUUAAGGAUACUGGUAUGUUGGGUGUAAACCUGCUUUUACUCUAUGAAUCAGAGUCUGGCAAAUUACUAGAGGACCCAAGUAUGUAUCACUGUCUUGUUUGGCGUCUUAUCUAUUUGACAAAUACUAGACCUGAUUUGACAUUUGCGGUUAGUGUGGUUAGCCAAUUCAUGCAUGCGCCUUUUAUAGAACAUCUUGAUGCAGUUCAUCAAAUCUUGAAAUAUUUGAAGACCUCUCCUUGCUUGGGAUUGUUCUUCACAAUUGAUUCUCAAUCUGGACUCUCCUGUUUUACUAAUGCUGACUAUACAGGAUCUAGAACAGAUAGGCAUUCUACUUCUGGCUUCUGUACUUUCUAUAGUGAUCAUCUUAUAUCAUGGAAAAGUAAGAAGAAAAUAGUUGUUUCUAGGUCUUCUGCAGAAACUGAGUAUAGGGUUGUGGUACAAGGCAUUUGUGAGAUUCUAUGGCUGUGUUCUAAGAAGUACGGACACUUCUAAGAAGGUGACGUAUUUGUGUCGUGUCGUGUCGUGUCGUGUCGUGUUCGUGUUGGACACUAACACUUUCUGGACACUCUUAGGACACGUGUCCGACACUCUUCAAAACGUAUCCUAUUUUUUUAAUUUUUUUAACGAUCCGGACACUUUUUGGACACUUGGAGGGCACAUGUGUCAAUCACUUAAACACACAUGUCUAUCGAUUAGACACACAUGAAACUAAUUAUAAGUUUAAACAAAACAACGUAAGAUACAAUAAUAAAACAAAAACUAUAUAAAUUUGUAGGAAUUACUCUCAUAUUGCAUUUUUUAUUAUCUUUGAAUGAUAUAUUCAUAUAUAUAACAUAUAAUAAAUAAAAUAAAAUUAUAUAUUUCAUGCGUAUCCCUCACGUGUUGUGUCCUGCAUUUUUUGAAAAUUAACGUGUCGACGUGUCCGUGUCGUAUCAAUGUCGUGUCAUGUGUCCGUGUCCAUGCUUUUUAGACUGCGUUCUAUUUUGGUAGAGUUAGGAUUUGAGGAGACUGGUCCUCUGCUUCUUUGUUUUGUGACAACAAGUUUGCUAUUAUAUUGUCUUCUGAUUCUAUCCUACAUGAGCGUACUAAGCAUAUGGAGGUUGAUUCACAUUUUAUUCGAGAGAAGGUUCGGAUUGGUAUCGUGAGACCAUCCUUUGUCUUUUCUUCUUAGCAAUUAGUAGAUAUAUUCAUCAAGUCUGUAGGCCCAACAUUAUUCCAGUUGUCUAUUGGCAAACUGCGUUUAUUGAAUAUCUUUACACCAGUUUGAGGGGGAGUGUUGGAAUUAGGAAAUAGUGAUAUUAUAAUUAUGGUAAUGUUGGAAUUAGGAAAUAGUGAUAUUGUAAUUAUGGUAGUGUGUAUAAGAGUUAUGCUAAAGACCCC